AUGGAAUUUAAUUUGCUUUUAAUAUUUUUUAUAAUAUUUAUUAAUGUUGCCACUAUAUUUCCAGACAAACCAAAAGACCGCCCAAAACUUCCAAAAAACCCCAAAAAACCUAAAAAUCCAAAACUUCCUUCUAAUCCAAAAAAACCAAACCCUCCAAUUAAUGACGGAAAUAAUAAAGUAGUUAAGGCAAAAUAUACAGAAAAAGAUACUUGCCUUUCUGAAUCCAAAGCUAAUGGGCCGAUUAAAUCAAAUCUUAAUAAGCCAAUUAAUGGGAAAUUUACAUUUUAUGGAACUGGUGGACGUGGAGCUUGUGGAUAUGAUAUGGAUGAGCCAAAAUUCUCCGCCGCUGCUUCAGGCUCUCUGUUCAACCCCGGUGGACAAUGGGUCGUAUCUUGCUUUAAAGACAAGCGUUAUGUACUUAACGACCCAAUUUGUAUGAGUAAAUGUGUUAAAAUAACCUAUAAAUGUGUUGGGUGUUCGGCUGCUAAAACUUUAACAGUUCCAAUAAACAAUAAAUGCCCAGAAUGUGCAAUAAAUCAUGUAGAUUUGUCUACUGACGCUUUUAAUUAUCUCGAGCCGAAAGGUGGAAUUGUUGGUGUUGCUAAAGAUGCAACAAUAACUUAUAUUAAAUGUUAGAAAAGAAGUUAUUAUA